AUUGCCGUUUCUGACAUAAUGCAUAAUGCUUUGUUUUGCCUCAGUGUUGUUCGUCUGUCUGAACCUAAUUAGACUUCUAUGAGGUCACACGCGCUCCUAAAAGCCGGCUGAACUAACGCGGUCUGUUCCGACAUCGCGGAGACGUCACGCCCGAGACAGCAUACAGAACCAUGCUUAAGUAUAUAAGGCUCUUCUGCACACCUUAGUUAUGAUUUCUUACAUGAGACAGCAAACAGAGGAGAGAGCGAGCAGAUUUACUUCGUUAGGCUAUAAUGGGCAUCAUGUCGUUUCCUCUCCUAAUAAUGAUCCUAAUAGCGUUUCCACUGUCCUCCAAUGGUGGAAAAUGGACAUAUGAUGGGCCUGACGGAGAGCACCACUGGUCCAGGAAUUACCCAUACUGUGGAGGGACAUUCCAGUCUCCCAUAAACUUCCAGCCUGAGCUGCUGAGAUUUGAUCCAGAUCUACUGCCCAUUCAGCUGCAGAACUACAACCUGUCUAGCAAAGAGCAGCUCACCCUUAGCAACAAUGGACACUCUGUGCAGCUGUCUCUGCCUUCCCGGAUGCAUCUAGCUGGUUUGCCUUAUCGCUACUCAGCAGCUCAGCUUCAUUUCCACUGGGGCUCCUCUAACAUGCCGAUCGGCUCUGAACACACGAUCAACGGCAAGCAGUUUGCUGCUGAGAUGCAUUUGGUUCAUUUCAAUUCUGCCAAGUAUCCCAACAUCUCCCUAGCAGUGGACAAGUCUGAUGGUCUUGCUGUGCUUGGCGUUUUUAUUGAGGUGGGAGAGUUCAAUCCUGCUUUCGACCAGUUCCUCAAAUAUGUCAAAGGCACUAAAUACAAAGAUCAGAAAGUGCAGGUGGCAGGUUUUAAUAUCCGGGAACUGCUUCCUGCCCGUCUGGAUGAGUAUUACCGUUAUGAUGGCUCUCUUACCACUCCCCCCUGCUACCCCAGCGUGCUCUGGACGGUGUUUAGGAAUCCAGUCAGCAUCUCUCGUGGACAGUACUUGGCUUUAGCCACUGCUCUGUUCUCUUCUCAUGCUCAAGAAUCAUCACCAGUGCCUCUGCUUGGGAACUACCGUAAACCCCAGCUAAUGGACAACAGAGUGGCUCUGGUCUCCUUCCAGCAGGGUUGGGGACUGUAUGGUACCACUUCAGUGGCGUCUCCCAUGCAGAGGAGGCUGGUCAUCCAACAGCUACUGAAUGGAGACCUUGCAGAUCUUGCAGAUGGAGAACUGCACCAUCUUUUGCCAAAGCUCCAAAGAAAGCCUUGGGCUGUUAAAAAGUGGAGGAACAAUCCAAAGCAACAGCACUUGGGCCAAGUCACUGAGAAACAUCAGAAGAACAAGGGGCUUUACACCACUGGAAACAAUCCGUCGGUCUUGAAGUACCCCCAUGCAAACUCCUAUAUGGGGAUGUUUGUUAUAAAUGAUGAUGCGUUGUGUUUUAUAGCCAUGGAAAAAAAUGUAUCUGUUUGGCUCAGGAGGCAUCAUGCAGAUGCUCAGUUGAUCCGAGCUCUGAGAAAAGAAGUGUUUCCAGAGCUGAACCUGAAGAGCUACUUAAACUGCAGGUCUGAUUUGGAUCUGCAAACAAUCAGAUACCUUCUUCGUUCCAGACCCAGUGAUGAGGCAAAUGAGCUGGAUCAGGUCCUGACCAAAGUCAGUCAGGGGCAUAAGCAGAGGCCCAUGACACAGCACCGGGGCUCAGCACUGACCAAGCUAACUAGGCAGACCCAAGCUGCUGUCCGGAAUAAUAGCCACAAUAUGGUGCCUACUAAUCACAGACUGCAGCCUAUGGAGUGGGAGGAUUAAAACCCCACUGAAGCCAUAAACACAGGCUGCAGAGCGCAUUAUAAUAGUCAUCAAAGACCUUCUAUCAUGCAGGCUCUGAACAUUUUGUUCUUAAAAACCUCUGUUAAAUUUUAACCAGACUUUUAGUAGUAUUUAUGCGGCCGUGGGUUUAUGGGCUCAGGAGGUAAAUGUUACUUUUACAGAAAGAGACAGUGAAAACUACAAAUGGCAGAAAUAGUGAUAUUUAUGUGACAAUUGAUGCAUAGGCGUUUAUAUAGUUAUACUGUACAGGUGUGGUUUCAGCAUUUUAAACAAAUCUUUCUAAAUAUCCUUUCAAAUUUGUGUGAUAUUGGUAUGAGCAAUAAUUUGGAUACAAUUAUUCCCUGUCUCCUGCAGUAGAAUUUUUUUUCUUUCUUUUUUCUUUUUUUUCUUUCUUUUUUCUUUUUUUCCAACUAGGAAGAAAGUGCAGAUGACAUGAAAAAAAGGAUUUAAGACAGUGUAUGUAAAAUUAAUAGAAUAUGACUCUUUCUUGGUAGGAAGAUAUUUUUGUAUUUUAUUGGGUUUGGUUCCAUUCUAUUUGUGUCACAAUAAUUACAUAGUAAAGCAAUUACAACCAUACAAAGUGGAAAACUGUAGCAAAACAUGAAAAAUAAUGGUGCUUAACUACAUAAACAUUCCAGUGUUUUCUGUAAGAGUGUCCGGCGGCUUUAGAUGUGUGUUUAGACCAAAGCAAAAGUGCAAAGGAAGGACCUUUUGUGGAUCGCUAAACAAUUUUGAAUGGAGUAUCUUGAUCAUGAUGUGUAGAACAAAAUACAAUAAAGCAUUUAAACUA